AUGUAUCCGUUUAAGGAUCGCGUGAGUCCUCUCCCACCACAAGUGGAGGUAAAACACAACGACACCGACUGUUACGGCGCUUUCCCCUCGGCUCCUUUAUUGGGCCCCACCUCUCAGCUCUACUCUGAUCAGCGUGAGGAAAAAUCUUACGUUACCAAUUCUCAUCCGCGUUUGCUUGGUCCUUACAAAAGACGGAGCUCUGAGCGGGACGUUAUGAGUUCUCUGCUAGAGGGACUCCGUGCCCUCAUGGGCUAUGCAUUGUUGCUAGCCUUCAUGACAUACAACGUUGGCGUUCUGUGUGCUGUUUUUGCGGCUAUUGUUGUUGGCGAGCUGUUUCUGGGUCGCUUUUCCAGGCCGUCUCCUGGGUGGCAGGAUGGGGCAUGUCACGAAGACUAG